CCAGCAGCAGAAAUCUACCCCCGGAUCGUCCGUCACGAGGAAUGGCGCCAUACAGAAAUAUAAUUCUUUUGAUCCUAUGGAUGACUUCUCUUUUGAUCACACAUUCUUCAGUCAUGGGCUCGCAGAGAGAGUCUUCGAAGGCAAAGGAUAGCACAGCACUCAAGCAGAACAAUAUCGAGGUGGACGAGCAGAAAUCAGGACCUUACGUCGACAAGGCGGCAUCUAAGAAUGUUACAGCACUUUUAGGGAAAACAGCUUAUUUAAAUUGCAGGGUCAAAAAUUUAGGCAAUAAGACGAUGCUGCUGCAAGUAUCAUGGAUUCGACAUCGUGACAUACACUUAUUGACUGUUGGGAGAUACACGUAUACGUCUGAUCAGAGGUUCCGGGCUAUUCAUCAUCCACACUCAGAGGAUUGGAUUCUGCAGAUAAAGUAUCCCCAGCACAGAGACUCUGGCAUUUAUGAGUGCCAAGUGUCAUCAACACCACAUAUAAGUCAUUACAUUCAUCUCAAUGUUAUUGAGCCAUCAACGGAAAUAAUUGGGGCACCGGAUUUAUACAUUGAAAGCGGCUCCACUAUAAACAUUUCAUGCCUGGUGCUGAACUCACCAGAAACACCUGCAUACAUUUUCUGGAAUCACAAUAAUGCGAUCAUAAGUUACGAUUCACCGAGAGGCGGUGUCUCCGUGAUAACAGAAAAGGGCGAGACGACAACAUCGUUUCUGUUAAUCAAGAAUGCUCGGCCAUCGGAUUCCGGUCAAUAUCAGUGCAAUCCGUCCAAUGCCAAAAGCAAGAGUGUUACAGUUCACGUGUUAAAUGGUGUUUCCCAUUCUGUUUCCAGGGGAAUACCCAGCAGCAAUGCAGCGCGGGGGUCAAGCUCAUCGUCCGAUGUCACCCUGUCACUAUCUCAUAAUUUACACAUCUGUAGUCUUGUCCUCCUUACUCUUGUGCCGCUUGCCCUAUCAAGGAGCAGAGCCGACAUAGUUCUGCUGCCCCUCGCGUCGUGUCACCACAUGCUGACCACCCUCCUCACCCUGGUCCUGCACCUGCACUCGCUCGUGCGGGACCGCGUCACUAAGACUCCCGCCCCAUUCGCGCGGCAAUGGGGCGGCCAGACGAGCGCGCGGAGCCCCUUCUUCAGCACCGCUGCGUAUCUUCCUUUUCUGUGGCGACGGGAAUCCGCAGUGAGAUGAAACGAAUCCCACACGCCCAGCAACGCCCCCUCUCCUCCUCCUCCGCCUCCGAAGGAAUUCUCAAGCGUAGCGAAACUCAGCAGAAAUACCCAUUUUCUAGGUCAAUCUCAUAUAUAGGUGAAAUACAAGGAGAUGAAAAAACAACUUUACAAAAUUCUACAUACAUACAUAUAUAUAUAUAAAACAAAAAGGAAACUGUUAAUGUAUAUUAUACCUGAGAAUGAAAUUCAGACCUUUUGUUUUGUUACCUAAAACAUGCUCUAGGAGUAAUGAGAGAAAAUUUAGACAUGAUAAUUUAUGAAAGUAAAAUACCAUAAAAAGUAUUGUGACUAUAUUAUUAACAAAGAGAUUACAAUGUUACUGUGUAUAAAGAGGCGCGGUGAAUCACACAAGUCUAAAGAGAAAAGGAAUGAGAUAAACUAUAUUAAAGUUAUUGACAUUAUUCAAUGCAUAAAACAUUUUUACUAUUAAUUUCCCAGUCCAAAGUGAGAGUGCUGAAUGAGAGCUUCUAAAUAUGCGAGAGGUCUAUGCAUUUUGUAAAUUACUGCAGACGGUACGGUCAGAAGUGUUGGGUCAUUACAAGUUGUUGAGAAUUUUUAGCAAAAAGCGCAGUGAUAGAGACAAGGUGUAAUGUAAUUACGCCCCAAAGAGAGAGAGAGAGAGAGAGAGAGAGAGAGAAAGAGCAUAAAAACCAUUAGGAGUGGAGAGAACUUGGUCAUUUUAAAAAUGAUUUGUGACUGUAAAAAUUUAAAUAUUUAAUGAGACAAUAUAAGUAGAGAAAAAACCUAUGUAGAGGCAAAAAAAACUAGGAGGAGUGAAGUGUGAAUCCUGCAAGAAGAAUCCCAGUGAUGAGUGCGAGAGUGCAGAAUUGAGUGAGAAUAACCAGUUGAAGAGUAUUUUUCCAAAAAAAAGAAGAACUAUGACAAGUUAAAUGAGCCUGAGUUUAGAAUUGCCGGAGCAAUUCCAUUGGACACAUUUUGCAUGUGCUUUCGUGUUAUUUCACUGGCACCAUUCUCUUUAUGUUGUGCGGGGGAAAUAUGGCUAAAAAUUGAUACCACACCAUCGGAAAAAUAGGCAAACACACAAAUUUGUGAGAAAGGGAGAAACUGGCAAACAUGGAAGAGGGAAAAUGUUUAUGUGACAUCAAUGGAAUCUGCCGAAAUUCAUAUGAAACGUGAUGAAAGUCCCCAAAAUAUUUUCAUAAACGCUCAAAGAUAAUUUAAUAUAAAUCGUCAGGGUAGAUGUUCGAUCCUGUCAGCCAGUGGCGAAUAGUGUGGGGACGGCGGCCUGUCGGGGAGGGGCAAAUAUUCAGCGCUCAAUUGGAUCACAUUUCACACAGACAGCUCGAUUACAAUCAUAAAUCACGGAGCUUUUGGUCUCCUCCAGAAAAGGUUCAAUGAAAAUGAUUUUCAGUAUUUGUACAGUCAAUUUUCUUCCACCACAUUUUGAUUUUCUGAUUGAUGACCGGAGCAUUUUCACUUUAUUUGUUCGAAUCGCGCACUGGUGAGAGUUGUGAAAAAAAGCUGCCACGGAUGGCUCGCUCAAUUUUCCCCAUGAAUUCCACCUACAUAUCUUAAAUCAGUAUUCAAGCAAAAAAAGGUUCAUUAAAUUAUAAAAGAGUGGUUCAUGUGUAAGAAAUAGAAACACAAAAGGAGGGACGAAAGUUGAAUGAGGAGGUAAUACAAUUUGGUUAAAUGUUUCUUAAGCGGCCUAGUCUUUUGCAGCGAACAGAGAACAAGAUAAAGAGGGAACGUAUUUUUGCACACACACACAAAAACAGCGCUCUUCUUCUGCUAAAGUAAUAAAGGGAGACCGUCAUCGAAAUAGAAUAAGAAAGUUUUUCGCCAUGGAAUGCAAGAAGGCUCACACACCGUGUAUCCAGCAUCCCCAUAGACAGAACAAUAUGCGUAGACUUGGGCUAUUUAACUUUCAGCAAUUUCAUGAAAUUUCCAGUCUUCGAAAACGACACUUUCAUUGCAAUAUGCUAACCAAAAUGAUGUUUUGAGCGCUCAUUAGCAUAAACUUGCUCGAAAUUGAGGACGGAUUGAUCCUGAACGUCAAUUAUAUCCUCUGAACCUAGAAAUUCCUCAAAGUUUCUCAUGCAAGAUUCAGCAUAAUGGUCUUCCGCGCAUUAUUCGCACGGUACCACUCCCUGACAUCGUGUCUUCAAGUGGCUAAACUCGUGGCAGUUCUUCCAUUGAUUUCCACUGCCUUCUGAAGCUGCAGCUUCUCCAGAAAAUCCUCCAAAUGGAUGAAAAUCCUUUAACCGAUGGUUCCUUCUCUAUUUUAUGAAGUAACAAGAUGAAAGAUUGAAAAUAUUCACAAAAUUCGAUUGAACUGAAAUUUCAUGAAAGUGCUCAACACUAAAUACGCAUAAAGCCCGAUUAAAUCGGGAAUGUCUUUGCUAUCAAGCCUUAAUUUGGGGGUAUUUUUUAAUACAGGCGCCCAUUAGGCAUUUCUCCCGUUUUCACGUUGGAUAUUAUUUUCUCUCCUAUUUGAUAGUCACUCGUGAAAACACGCAGAAAACAAAUAAAGAUAUCAAUCUCCUGAGCCAACAACAAUAAAAACUAACAAGGCAUCAAAUACAACAAAACACAAUCAAAGAUAGCGGAAAUUGAAAAGAAAAUCGGAAAGACAUAAAAAUAAAUAUGUUCUACGCAUGGCAAGUAUAUGAGGAAUACAUAAGAGGUAAUAACAACACUAACAGUGUAACUACCCCAUUAAAUUAUACUCUCCAACAAAUGGGAAAAUGCUCGUUUCUUAUAAAAAAGAGAAAAUUUUACCUGACAAACUCCUUCGUGUAACACAGAACUGAUUUUACUCACUUUAAAGGCGAUGAAGUUUGACAAGCAUAGUAGAGAUGAAUUUGAGAAACUGUUUAUCUAAUUUUUAUCAACUGACAGCAGUUAAACAUAGUAAUAAUCACCAAAAAAAAUUCAAAGUAAUAAAGUAAAAUGGAAAUCCAAAAUACCAUACCAUCAGACAUAACAGUAUUUGACAAGGAAAAUGCCCUAAAUAAGACAAGAGAAAAGUUCAUGUGUCUAAAGUAAGAAGUGAGAAGAAUUAAAAUACAAAUAAACAAGUAAGUAAUAUUAGUGUAAAUGUGAAAAAAAAUCCGCAUCUGUAUAAUUUUACUUCUGUAAAAACAGUCCUUAAACAACAAAUGAAGGUAUUCAUAUGUAAAUGUGUAAUAAGGGAAAAACUAAAUUAAAUAAAUAUCUAUUGAAAAUUA